AUGGCCACCCUGAUUUAUCAAUUCUUUCAAACUCGAUGGGUGAUUGUGCUACCUACCACCGUUCUCCUUCUCGUCGGGGCAGUCACAACCAUUGGCUUAACUUGGUUACUUCAAGCGGCUUUUUUUCAACGAAAGUUACUCCUCGACGAAAGACUGAGCGCUCUAAAUGAAGACAAAGAAUUCAUUGGGAAACCCUUACUUUUCCCAACCAAGCUUUCUCACUCGCGCAUGUUUCCCGAAAGGUACAACUAUACCUAUGAUUACUUUCUCGUUGGCAUCCCUGUCAGCCUUCGUGGCAGAGUGGGCUCGAUCUUGUCAAUUGACACCGCACAGCCUGCGCCGGAUGACCCAAACAAGUCCACCAGAUCCACCAAGUGCUGGUUCAAGGUUGAUCAACGCCACUAUCUGGAGCCUGGAAACAGUACAUUGGGGCUACAGGGCAAGUUGAAGCGUCACCUUUUGUCUCGGGGCGAGAACCCUCAGCAAUGGCCGUACGCCUACAUGAUCAGCAUACCCAAGUUUCUUUGGUUCACCCGGAAUGCAGUAUCAUGGUGGCUGCUGUACAACCCGUCACGGGAGCUCGACGCGAUGGUGAUGGAAGUCAAUAAUUCCUUUGGCGAACGAAAGGCUGCCUUCUUCCGGCUCAAUGCAGGUAGUGCUGGCACAGAUGCCAACCAUACUGCUGAGAUCAUGGACUCGGUUCCCUUUCAGACCUGCAGUGGUCUGCAACAUGCCAAAUUUGUUGCGUCGGCUUCCCAAUUUAAGAUGUACAAAGGAAACUGGGACAAGGAUUUCUUCCUUUCCCCCUUCGAGAAAGUAGAAGGAUAUUUUACGACUACGUGCAGUGACCCCUGCAAUCCCUUUUCAGGGACUAAAGGGCCCCUGCAUAGUAACACAACACUUUAUGCGCCUGAUGGCCGGCCCAAGAUUAUUAGCCGUCUGUUCUCUUGUGGCGAGCCACUAGAUCCACUGCGCGCAACACCAUGGCAGCUGAUGCGAUUUAUCUGUCGGUGGGGCUACAUUGGUGCGCUUUCAAAGCAGCGUAUCAUCUAUGAGGCCCUUCGUGUCCGCUUUCGUGGAAAUCUCACCUAUCUCCGCAAGCCAGAAGUGAAGAAUUCGAAUAUUCCACGAGAGGAAACGGCUCUGGAACGGCAAGUGUCGCUGGAAAAGUUCUUCCGUCUUUUCCUUGUUCAUGUCGUCGCCCAUUAUCCAAAACCUUUGAAGGUCAUCUAUGAGCCAUCGAAGUCUCACUGGCUGUUUGCUGAGACUUUCCAUUCCCCUUCCUCUCAGCUUGACCUCCAGAAAUCGCUUCCUGAGUUGGAGCUUACCGUUCGUGUUUUAAGCCCGGCCUUUUACACCAAUGUCCUUCAAUACGAGGACCCAGCCGCAGGUCUGGAUAAGGAGCUUACGCCCUUGCCACUGGUUGCAGAUUCAAACUCCCAGUACAUAUGGACGUCUGACACCAGCCCGUUAAAGCAGAUAUGUUCGUCCAAGGAUGUAUGGCCUGAAACUACCCCUACUCCUAAAUCACGGUUGCAUCGAGUCCGAGAGGCUCUGAUACACCUUUCUCGCAAUUCCUCGACGCCAACAUUCAUGGACAGGUUUGUCAACGGUUAUCUAGAUCCAGCGCAACAAAAGGCAUACCAGGUAGCAGUUGCUAGAUACCUUCUAGCAGAGCGCUACACGUUCGGUUCCCAUCUGUUGCUGCGUCUGUGCGAGAAUAUGGCGAUUAUCUUUGGCAUGUGGGUGUUAAUCUAUAUUGGUGGUCAUGUUCUUCAUUCUUACGGCUCUAUCCCGGUGGAGAGGGUCCAAAUAGCCACUGGAGUCUGUGCGGUUCUGUUUGGAGGGGCUGUUCGCUUCAGAAACGCUCUGUAG